AUGACGGAGGUGAUCCUCCAUAUUUACGAUGUCACUAAUAGUGGGAACGAUAAAACCAACAACACUAUUAUGCAGAUCAACAAGAUCUUCAAAGAUGGAAUUGGACUCGGAGGGAUUUUUCACAGCGCUGUUCAGAUCUAUGGAGAUGAAGAAUGGUCCUUUGGGUUUUGUGAACAAGGUACUGGUGUGUUCAGCUGUCCAUCAACAAAGAAUCCAAUGUACACAUAUCGUGAGGGCAUCAAGCUUGGGAAAACAGCCUUCUCUAUCUUCAAGGUUAAUCAGAUCCUCAGGGAACUUAGUAGGGAGUGGCCGGGGCACUCAUAUGAUUUGCUGUCGAAGAAUUGUAAUCAUUUCUGUGAUGAGUUGUGUGAAAGACUUGGUGUACCAAAGCUUCCUGGUUGGGUCAACAGGUUUGCACACGCUGGAGAUGCUGCUGUCGAGAUAGCUGGAAACACUGCCUAUCGGUUUAGGCAAGCCAAAACUGAAAUAGUAACGGCCAGCAAGGUGGCUUAUCGGUUUCUAGCUGGAGUCGCAUCCAAUAACUCAAUUGUUUCCUCAGAAUCUUCUGGAAACUCGGCCAGGGGAAGUCCAAGGUUUCAAGGUUCUUGGUUCAAGAACCUCAUUUCAAAUGGGGCUAAGCCGGCCAGCAGCUCAGAACUUGAAAAUGGAGAUGAAGAAGAUGUACAUCAUCAGCAGCCAAGACAAGAUGAUGGCGCCCCUUUGAGAUCAAACUCCCAUCGUGACAUAUAA